AUGAAUGGCGGCAGGCGAGGUGACAACGGCGGUCGGAUUCUGGAGAAUCCACUUACACAAUGUAAAACUCUUUCGGUGACCGUAAACGACGUCGAAUGUGUGUACGAGUAUGUGAUUUAUGAAGGAGACACGAUUUCCGGCAACUUUGUCGUCGUUGUCCACGACAUUUUCUGGGGCUCCGACCACCCUGGCAUUGAUUUCACUGUGACUUCUCCUGGGGGAAAUACGGUUCACAGUUUGAAGGGGACAUCUGGGGACAAGUUCGAAUUCAAGGCCACACGAAGCGGAAUGUACAAAUUUUGUUUUCACAAUCCCUACUCUACACCGGAGAGUGUUUCUUUCUAUAUUCAAUUUCUUUGUUAUCUUGCCGUUGUUAUUGGCUUUCAACUUUGA